CAUGGCUCGCACAAAAACUCCUUGCCGACAGCACGCGGAAUGCAGGCUUUCCAUAGAUUUUUCCGUCGAAUCGCUGCAGCAUACAGAGCUGGUGCUGCGCGCCCUGCCUGUAGACGAUGGAGCUGGCAGCAACUACCGCGUGCAGGCGCUCGUCGCGCUGGGUACACAACUCUUUGAAUUGGAAGGAGCGGACACGUACACCGCACCUGGCUUUAUGCUCAGCCGCAAGCCGCUUGAGCUGCGCGUGUCGUCAGCUGAGCCCGCGCACCUGCAGCAAUACUUUGACCGGGUCCCGGCGGCCCAGGCCAACGACAGUGAAGAUGCCGCGGCCCCGCCUCAGCCGACCAUGGAAGGGCUAGUCUGGGACGACUGGAGUGCCUCCGUGUACUUCAUCUUGGGCCAUGCCAUAAUGCGGCUGGCGGGUAGCGAAGUGACGCUGGUGGCCGGGGACGUGGAGGAGGAGGGGCUGGCGGACGGCGACGGCCCCUCGGCGCGCCUGUCCCUCAUGGCGUGGCAGAGCCUCGCGCCCGACGGCGCCGGCAAUCUCUUCGUCGCCAGUUCUCGAAACCUUCUGCGCAUCCAGCUGCCGGCAUCCUGGCGCGCCGCGGACGAUUGGUGGGGGCCGGCGGGCGACAGGCACAGCGGCCAGACAGCCACGGCGGGCGCCAGCGCUGCGGCAAGACCGAAGGCGGACUUCGCCGUGGUCAGCACACUGCCAUUCACAGCGCCCGCGGACAUAGAGGCCCUGACCUUUGCACCACCUAGCGCGCCGCUUCAGGGCCGCGGGUGCAGCGGCAGCGGUGCUGGCGGCGCGGGGUGGCUGGUGUUCACGACCCGCACCGCACUCUACCGCCUGCCGCUGCCCCUUCCCGCCUCUGCCACAACACCACCCGCUCCCGGCCUCUUCGACCUGUCCCUCAUACCGCAGCCCUUGGCGGGUGCCGAGGGGCAGCGCGGCACCGUCGACGGUCGCCGCGGUGCGGCACGCUUCGACCACUCGCACGCAGUGAAGGCGGACGGCGACGGCAACCUCUACACAGUGGAGUCGUGGAGCGCGCGCGUGCGCCGCGUGACGCCAGACGGCACCGUCACGACAUUGCUCACAGACGUCUCAGAGCUGUCCUACAUGUUUCAAAUCCUGCCCAACGGCUAUGCAGCCCUGCUUUCGGACCGAGAGCUGCGGCUUAUUGACCUGGGGCUACAGCCGCUGCUGCCGCGGCAACUCGAAGCUGCUGGGGCCGCAGGCCGGCCUUCGCCGCGAAGCCUGGCGGCGGACCUGGGUGUGCUGCUGGACGCGCAGCCCGACGGCACCUCAGACCUCAGCAUCUCCGUGGGCGAGCGCCGGUUCCCUUGCCACCGCGCCAUCCUGUCCGCGCGCUGCGACUACUUCCGGCAGCGGCUGGCGGGCGACGCAUUUGCGGAUGGCCGCGCGCCGGAGCUGGAGCUGCCGGACGCGGAUCCUGACGCCUUCGCGCUGCUGCUGCGCUGGCUGUACACGGGGGCCGCACACGUGCCGGCUGACCUGGCGCGUGUUGUGGCGGGCCUGGCGGACCGGCUGCUGCUGCCUGACCUGUGCGCCGUGGCCCAGGCCGCCAUCGCCGACUCCGUGAGUGCGGACACAGUGGUGGACAGCUUGCUGUGGGCAUGGCGCUACUGCGAGGCGCGCGGCGGCGCUGGCGGCGACGGUGGCGUCGUGGGAACAUUAGCAGGUCUUGGCAGUAGCAGCGCUGCCGGCGGCGGCAAUAGCAGCAGAGGAGGAGGAGGAGGAGGAGGCUGUAGCAGUGGGGGUGGAGGCCGCGGUGGUGGUGGAGGCGGGGGCUUUGACCGGCUGCUGGGGCGGCUCAAGCUCUGGUAUGUGUGCCACCACGACCAGGUGGCGGCGCAGGCGGGCGACAGCCGCGCGCGCCUGGCCGCAGAGGCGCCUCACCUGAUGGUGGAGCUGGUGGACGCGGUGCUGCUGCGGAGCGCGGCCCGAGGGCGCAGCGGCGUGCUGCCACGGCAGGCGCUGGAGUAGUGAUACGGUAUUGAGGGUGGGCAAGGGCUAGAGUGAAUUGUAGGGUUGGAGCGAGCGAGAGCAUGCGGGUCGGCGACAGCGCCGCUGGGGCGGAAGAGUGGGGCACCCUGACGGGUGCGCGUAUCAUAUCCGCUUUGACGCAGGAUUGCACAGCUUGAUACGGAUUGUCAAACAUAACCAGAAGCAGGAUGCGCGCGCUCAUGGAGUACGGUGUACCGUACUGCAGGGAACAGUACUGUUCUGCGAUUACUUGACUGGCGUAGUAAGAUCAGUGGUGCUUGGAUUGCCCGUGCUGUUUAACUGUGGGGUUGCAACUGUACACCACCGUAGCGUGUUCAGACGGCAGAAAAGUUGGUGCUUUGACGGGAGAGCGAUGGCAAGCUGGGGACUGCGGCUUUUGCGACAGGUCAUCGCUCAUCAGUGUUGGGGAUGGCGUAGAGUGCUGGCCGUGACUGGACCGGUGGCUGUCGAGCAGUGACAGUUUGGGCAGGCAGCGGGCGGAAGAGCUUUAGAUGGCUUGACCAUGUGCUUGGCCAUGGCCGUAUGCGCACGUGUUGACGUGGUUCAG